GUGACUGUGCAAACUAUAACUUUUACGAUGACUUCAAUCUCAGUGUAUCUAUUUUGUUUUUGUUUUCUUUCCUUCUCGUUAACUUUCGUGGAAUGCAGAAAUAACCUCAGAGCAAUGAAUGUUGCGGAACUUGAUGUUAACAUUGUCAAAAGUAUUGACAAGGAAGCUCGGAAACAGUUGUUGUUCCUGAUUGCAAAUCGCUUAAAUGAUACUGUAUCUACACAAUCUGUUUUGGCGGGAAACUGCCAAAAUAAACUAAACAGUACAAUAAAUGGAUGUUCUACCUGCAAAACAGAUCUUUGUGCUAACGUACAAAUUCCAUCUUUAUUUGAGGAAGUGCUUAGUAAAAUUUCAAUAGCCAAUUACCGUCCGGUAACCUACGCCGGAGAAGUAAUGAAGGAAAUUGCACAAUGGGCAGUUGGAUCUAAAGAUUUCUUUGGAUAUCGAUUGGGUCCGUUUCUUGAAAACAUAGGAGAAGAUCUGAUAGAAGUUGCUAAGGUGCUUAUAAAAGGCGGGAAAUAUAUAGCAUCACCUGCUGCUGAGGCGUUCCGGUCGCUUGGCGGAUCAAUUACGAAAGCCGGAAGGGAGAUAAUUCAAGCUGUAAAGGGGGAUGUAAACAAUAUUAUAGUCAAUUUAAAGGGGCUUAUUGGUAAGCCUUUUGAAGACUUUGAAAAUACAUUGAACACAGUUCGUCAGAUAGUAUCAGAAAAAGCACCUGUCGUUAUAGAUGCUAUAAAAGAUGCAGUCUUACCUGUUUGGGAAAAAAGGAAUAAUUUACAUCCUUACAUUUUUCUAUCUGCCGCCGUCAUCCAUGAGGACAAUUACAACAAUACAUUAAAAGAUAAAAUAUAUUCCACGUGUACACAGUGUUACCUCAAAUACAUUGAGCCAUUAUUUAAAUAA